UUUCUUGCACACUUGAUGCAGUACACUUGUCCCACUCAGCUCUCUUGCUCCCUUCUACUUAAACCCCACUUCCAAUGCCGCUACUUCACACAAACUCAUCAGAGUUUAAGAACUAAACACUUUCAUUCAAUAUGGGAAAGAGAGUGAUGGCUAGCCUCCAGGUUUUUGUACAUGUGAUGUGCUUUGGAGUCAUGGCAAUGGCUAUGAGCUUCGAUCACGAGGACGAAGACUGGGGAAGGGAUCAGGGAGAAGAAGAGUUGGAAGCAGGGCACAGAGGGCAUCACAAUUGGUUCCUUUUACAACGAUCUAGGGUGUUGCUGAGAACUGAAGCUGGGGAAAUGAGGGUGGUGAGGAGUGUUGGUAGGAGAAUGGUUCAUAGGCAUAUAAAUCUAGGGUUUCUGUCCAUGGAAUCCAACUCUCUUUUCAUCCCUCAGUACCUUGACUCCAGUAUUAUCGUCUUCGUCCAGACAGGGCAAGCAAAUGUGGGACUGGUACGCCAUCAUGAACUGGGAGAGAGGCAACUGAGGGCUGGGGAUAUAUACAGAAUCCCAUCUGGUUCAACAUUUUACUUGCAGAAUGUUGGGGAGGGCCAAAGACUUGAGCUUAUUCUCAGUAUUGACACAUCUGACAGUUUGAGAAUGGGUAAUUUGGAGAACUUCUUCAUUGGUGGAGGAACCUACCCGAAAUCUGUCCUUGCUGGGUUCGAUUCUGAAAUUCUUACAAGCGCAUUUAACGUCUCAUCUUCAGAACUAAGGCAAGUUUUGACACGGCAACACCAAGGUCCUAUUGUAUCUCUGAGUAAUUCUCAUCCAUCUUCACACCUUUGGAAAAAAUUCGUAGAGAUGAAAAAGGAGGACAAACUACUAAAAUUGAAGACAAUGGUGGACACGCCACAAGAACAAGAGAAAACCCAAACAUGGUCAUGGAGGAAACUCUUGAACUCUAUGUUGGGAACAAUUGAAAACGAGAAGAGGAAGCAUAGUCAUCAUGAGCACUCCCAGGAGUCUUUCAACCUCUAUGAGACAAGGCCAGAUUUCACAAACAGCUACGGUUCGAGCUUGUCAGUUGAUCAGUCUGAUUACUCGCCUUUACAGAACUCCGGCAUUGGCGUUUACCUUGUCAAUCUCAAAGCAGGGUCGAUGUUGGCACCACAUGUGAACCCCACAGCAACAGAAUACGGUGUCGUUCUUAGGGGCUCAGGAUCAAUACAGAUUGUGUUUCCAAAUGGAACCUUGGCAAUGAAGGCAAAUCUUAGACCUGGAAGAGUGUUCUGGGUGCCGAGGUACUUCCCAUUCUGCCAAAUUGCAUCUAACCAUGAGCCACUUGAGUUUUUUGGGUUCACCACCUCGGCACAACAUAACCAUCCGCAGUUCUUGGCCGGAUCUAGCUCAGUGCUUGAAGCUCUAAGAGGUCCAGAGCUUGCAGCUGCUUUUGGUGUAAGCGAGGGAAGGUUGAAUCGGUUUGUUAAUGCUCAGCGCGAAGCCGUCAUCGUGCCGUACAAUGCGGAGAGGAGCCAGAAGACAGAUGGACGGUAG